GAACUCUCAUUUCUACAAAACAUGCAUCUCCUGCUCCUUGGAUCAUAGCCUUUCCUUCACUACUUUUAAGGUUCCCUAAAUCCCAUAACAUAACACUUUUCCUUAUCUAGAAAACAUGGCUAAUGAGCAAAUGAAGCCUAUUGCCACCCUUCUUCUGGUGUUGAACUUCUGCAUGUAUGCCAUAGUUUUGGGCAUUGGUGGCUGGGCCAUGAACAGAGCAAUAGAUCAUGGUUUUAUCAUAGGUCCAGAAUUAAAACUGCCAGCACACUUUUCACCCUUGUUCUUCCCAAUGGGAAAUGCUUCCACUGGAUUCUUUGUAACAUUUGCUUUGCUUGCUGGAGUUGUUGGUGCUGCAUCAGCAAUAUCAGGAAUCACUCAUAUCCGCUCAUGGACUCCUGAAAGCUUGCCAUCUGCAGCUUCAGUUGCUACCAUAGCUUGGACUCUUACACUCUUGGCCAUGGGCUUUGCUUGGAAAGAAAUUGGGCUUCGUGUAAGAAAUGCACGUCUGAAAACAAUGGAGUCUUUUAUAAUUAUACUUUCAGCUACACAGCUUUUCUACAUAUUUGCUAUUCAUGGUGCUGCUGCAUAUAGAAGAUAAACCGGAAGGUUGAGGGAAUAUGGUGGUGGUGGUGGUGGUGUUUUUUUUUUCCUUUUUUUGCUGUGAAGGCUUGUAUUGGUGUGCUUGUAUUUUUCUCUCCCUCUCUUUCUUUUUCUUUCCUCUUUAAAAGUCAAAGGAAAAUUAGCAUUGGAGUGUGGUUUGAAUGAUUGGAAUUGUAUGAAUCAAUAAUACAUCAUUUACAAGAGCAAUAAAGGAGAACAUGGUUGCUUUUAAGUUAUUUCAAA